AUGACCAACCCAUUCCGUUAUACACAAUUCACGAUAUUACCAAGCCCUUUGAUGGCGUAUUUAAGAUUGGCGAAUACUAUAUCGAUGAAUGUCAUCGAAAAACGACUAGGAAAAGGUAUCAAAAUUGAAGCCGGCUUUUAUAGUAAACAAUUAGUACAAGGAUUGAUCACAAAGUUUAAGAUGCCCACCUCUAAUGUCAAAUGGUGUAUCCAAGCACGUAAAACAUUAGCCCCAGACACAUUCAAGAAUUACAUGUUGGCAAUCUUUUCAAUGUUCGCAGAAUCUCAAGCCAAAUUACUGGCAAACAGUUACAUCGGCGAACUGAGUAGGAAAUAUAGCCGCAAGGACCAUGGAUUUACAUGUAGUUCACUCGAUACAGCACAGUGCAUCUGGACAUCUGCUCUUGCUGAGAAUCGUGAUGUUGUGAAUGACAGUUAUCAGAAUCCAAACACUAAACAAGAACUGUAUCUAAUCAGAGAGCGUCAAAUUGAGCGCAUAUUUUCUGACAAUACAUCAAUCAACCGCUUUGUUAUCUCUCAGUCCAUAUUGAAAUGUCUGAACAUGUUACAUGACAAUGCGAGUCACGAUAAUGAUGGCAAUAGAAUCAGUCAAGUGUAUGCAAUCAAUAUUGACGGUAUCUUUAUGACCAAUCCUGCAAACCAAUAUCCCAACAAGAAAGAUGUUGAAUUUACAACAGACUAUAUUGGACAGAUAUUUCAGACUGAUAGCCCGGCUGUAUAUUUUGAGAAACAUUACAGGGAGAAUUUUAAUCCUGAUAAUUACACUGAUUAUGUGGGAGAGGGUGCUAUUUAUUAUGGCGGCGCCAGAUGUGGUAAAACAUAUCCAUUAUGCCAAAAGGCACUAGCAACUGAUGACCCCAUAAUGCUAUCAUUUACUAAUAAGGCUAUCCAGAAUGUAAAAUCGGUGCUAUGUGAUGUGUACAAUAAUUAUGAGUUGGCCAAGAAGUGUUACACAUUUGAUCUUUUCUUUUGUGAUCAUCACGGGCGUGACAUAACAGCACUAGAGGGCAAAACAAUAUUUGUGGACGAAUAUUCCAUGACCCCAAAUAAAUGGAUGACUAAACUCUAUCAAGCGUUCACUAAAUACAGACUCACUAUUUACAUGUUUGGCGAUACCAAUCAAUGCGACCCAGUAGAACCAACUGAUAUGUUUUAUGAUUAUUUUACAUCCAUUCCAAUCUCAGAGAUGUGCCCGCGACGGGUUGAAAUGAAGUAUAUAGAAGAAUAUGCUCGAUACGACCCACAAACACGGGAUCUGUUAACCAAGUUUCUCAAGAGUGGUACUAUCAAACACCGAUUUCAACCACCAAAAGAUAGUUACCAUAAUAUUUGCUAUUUGAAUAAAACAAGGCGGUAUGUCGCGCAAGAAUGCUGUAAUAGAUUUACAGAAAACUUCAAAUAUCAAGGACAUAGGGAGAAAUAUAAGGUAGCGGCCGGAAUGCCAAUGUUAGUGACACAGAUCAUAAGGAAUAAAAACAUGUUCAAUAUGGAGCAGUAUAACAUUGACAGUAUUGGGGAAUCUGAAGAUGGCAAUCCCAUAUUUACACUAAAUGACACAACAUUCAGUCACAGUGAAUUCGGCGAAUCUUUCAUCCCAGCAUUUUGCGUUACGGUGUAUAAGUAUCAGGGAGGAACAAUAAGCACUCCAUACAACAUUUAUGAUGUAGAAAAAAUGGACAAGAAACAACUCUACACAGCAUUAUCUAGAACAACGGAACUAAAUCAUGUCCAUCUUGAUACAACAAACUUGAACCCUAAAUACAAAAUCAGAAUGCCACCGCGAACUGUUAUAGUGAAUAGUUACUUUAAUGAUGACUACCAUAAUGGUCAAAUAUAUAAAAUCACAUUCAAACAUAACAAUAAAUUGUAUAUUGGUAGCUCUAUUAGAAAUCUACAAGAACGGCUCAAUGAACAUGUGACUACAAAAUCAAGUGCAAUAUUCAAGUACAAGGAUGAUGAACCAAUAAUUAUGCCAAUAAUAAGCUCACCUUGUAAGGACCGACAAAAAUUAAACAGAGUGGAAGCCGAAUACAUCAGAUAUUAUAGUGAAAAAUAUGGGGACCGUUUUUACGACGUGAAGAUUGACGGUAAGCGCUACGCUACAAAAGCACGUUAUAAUGAACAAUCUAAAGAAGAAGCAUUAACCAAGAUCACAAAAAAGCAACAACAAUUGAUCGAUGAAUUAACAAUCGAAUUUAACUAA